AUGAGCAUCUGCACCGGUAGCAGUGUAUCCCGUAAGGACUUUGAGGAUUUGAUUAAUGGAUUCAUCAAAAGCAUAUCCUAUCGACGUCCAGAAGUCCAUGGCAGUGUAAUUGCUCUGAAAGAUGCCACUGAGGCUGGACUUCUUGCUACUGCUCGCAUACAAAUGGUUGUCAAGACUGGCGUUGCCAUCAGCUCUUGUGCAUACUCCCAUACUUCAAGGGAGGUGCAGGAGGCGAUCGCAGAAUACACAGUACUUCUUACCGCUGUGGACGAUCUUGCUGUCAAUAUGUCCGAAGACCUAAGGACUUUCGCCAGCAAGAUUCUCCUGGGGCAACCGCUUGAACACGAACUAUUGUGCUCAAUGAAAAUCUGGAUGGAGUCGAAACGCUUGCUAUUCGGGGAAUUUGCAGGAGAUAUGCUUGUGAAAAACACCCUCGAUUUCAUGUCGAUAAACAACUUUGAGGCAAAUAUUGAGAAAACCGACAUACUACGGGGCAGCUCCUGUGCCCCGGAGACAGCUGAAUACCUCCGAGGCAAAUCAGGGGCCAGCGAAAACUACGCCCUCUUUAUCUUUCCCGAAGACCAAUUCCCCGAAGACCGAUAUCUGGAAAGCUACUUUCCCGCAAUUCCCUAUUUUAUUCAAUAUGCAAGUCUGGUGAAUGAUGUGAUCUCAUUUUACAAGGAAGAACAGCAACAUGAGCGCAACAACUUCAUCCAUAUUUAUGCCCGAAGCCAUUCGAUUUCACCACUUGAAGCUCUCAUGGAAACUCGCAGAAGAGCAGUGGAAGCGUAUCACCACGCUGCUGGUAUCCUGUCCGAAGAUGGUGAUAAGCGGCUUUUGGAAGCUGGGCUGAGCUUCCUGCAUGGUUAUGUGACGUUUCACUUCUGCACGCCCCGUUAUCGGCUUGAAACCUUGGAUAUACCAGCGGUGAAAGAGGACAUGGAGUUUGUCUUGGGUUCAGGAACACCCCAAGCCGACGUUUGUCGUAACUGGUUCGAGGACGGCCCCCAGAAUGGGGUCAAGGUCUGA